CAGUAACCGGGGAGCGCGCUUAACCAUCAGUCCCAGUUGGGAGUGGUGAUGGGUAAAUAACGCAUCGGGGUUUUUAUACUUUACUCAUAUUUCUAUUCUACGGGUUUUUUUCUUCUGACAUUUAUUUGAAACCUCCCACGCAGUUCGCGUUGGACUCAUUGAAAAUACGCUCGACUUUUGCAUCAAUUAGACAACCCCAGCCUCUUGUUCCCAUCCGUCAUGGCGAUUGCGCACGUAGCCACCGAAUACGUUUUUUCCGAUUUUUUGUUGAAGGACCCCAGCGAGGCCAAGUACAAAGGCGUGCGCCUGGAGCUGGCUGUGGACAAAAUAGUCACGUUUCUGGCGGUGGGGCUUCCUUUGUUUCUCAUCUCCCUCGCUUUCGCUCAGGAGGUGUCAGUUGGUACCCAGAUCAGCUGCUUUGCUCCAACGAACUUCUCUUGGAAACAGGCCGCAUACGUGGACUCGUUUUGUUGGGCGGCUGUACAGCAACAAGGUGACAGCUCGCCGCUAUGGCUGCACAAGUUCUUCCCAUACAUCCUGCUCUUACUGGCCAUCCUCAUGUACAUCCCGGCACUGUUCUGGCGUUUCUCUGCAGCUCCUCACCUCUCCUCUGACCUGAACUUCAUCAUGGAGGAGCUGGACCGCUUUUAUAAUCGAGCCAUCAGAAUUGUAAAGAAUCUAGCAGCCUUAGAUAGCAAAGUGGCAACCGAGGACACCACGAGUGUUUUGGAUCUGAAUGACAGCUGCUUCAAAUACCCUUUGGUGGAGCAAUAUCUAAAAACCAAGCGCCUCUCUCGCUGCCUCGUGGUGAAGUACCUAUCGGGUCGGGGCCUGACUCUGCUGACCCUUCUGCUGGCCUGCAUCUACCUAGGCUACUACAUCCAACUCGCCUCUCUCACCGACGAGUUCCCGUGUGACCUGCGUACAGGGGUGCUGAAGAACGACAGCAUGGUGCCGUCCGCUGUGCAGUGUAAGCUGGUUGCAGUGGGAGUCUUCAGGCUGCUCAGCUACAUCAACCUGGGGGUCUAUGCGCUCCUGGUUCCGCUGGUGGUGUACGCUGCUCUCGGACCAGCUCGCCAGAGCUCUAGCUUCCUCCGGCCUUAUGAGCUGCUCCCGGGCUUUGGUGCUUUGGGUGUGGUCACGCCCUUCUACAACGACCUCAGUAUCUACCUGCUGUUCCUGCACGAGAAUCUGAGCGAGCUCAAGUCAUAUAAGUGUCUGCAGGUGCUUGAGUUGUUGCAAGAGGCUGGUGACGAGGGGUUCGACACCAUGUGCCUGCUGCGAACUCUGGGUCAGGUGAAGACUGAUGUGAUAGAUAGUAAGAAGACGUGCUCACGCAAGAAUGACAAAGAAACUAAUAAAGCUGAGGAAUGAUUCCUGUGAGGCAAAGAUAUGAGACCUGCUGCUGUGAAAAAGAAGAUCAGUGAGAAAAUCUGUGCACUUAUAUUUUCUAUGAAUUGCUGGUGACGUAUUGUCUUACAGCAGUAAAACACAGAGGCACAUAAAACACAGAGGCCUCCAUACAUGCACACAGUCUGUAGUUUGGCCAGGAGACAUUCUACUUCUCAGAUGUCUUGUUUUUAAUAAAUGUGAUUAGUUCAAGUCACAAUUCUUAGGUGACCUUUGACCCUGUUUCUUUUUCUAUGGUACAUGCUUCUCUUACAUGAUAUCAGACAGAAUUGUCAAUUGUUAAAUUCUAACAUUGUGGAGCCGGCAGAUUCAAAUUCAUAGGUCUGGGCCGAGCAUAAUAUAAACAUGAAUUGUUUGGUAAUGUAAGAACCACUACAACAGCCGUGUCUUGACUGUUAGCAUGCUAAAUGUGUGCAUUAAUGUGCUGUUAACAACAGGUGGUAUACUGCAUGUACAUAGGGUUAGGGUUGUCCAGACAGAUGGAGAGCUGGCAGCUGUGCCUUUCAUAUGAAAGAUGAAUGAAUAUUCAUAGGGGAAAUAGAAUGCCGAUAACAGUUGUCUGAUUUAAAACCAUUCAGGCUUUAGUGGGCCUUGUACAAUGAUGUUAGUUGUUCUCCUUUAUAUCAUUUAUGUUAAGUUUAAGUGUAAUGUGAAUGAAUGCCAUUUCAUGCUCCUUGUAAAAUAUAUUGAUUUUCAGAAUACUUGUGACCUGCAAAAUAGAAAGAUCUGUACAUAAUGCAAACAGCCUUGCAAUAAAUACAAUACCUAAAAGGUAAUUGUGAAAUAAUCUUGGUCCAUUGUGUGGUAUUGCAUUAUAAGGUAAUGCUUGAAUUUGGAUAAAUAUUGGCAACACCAUAUAAACUGCAACAGUUUUAAAUGUAUUGUUACUUUUAAUACACAGGGUACAUAGAUCGGCUCUUUUAGGUCAGUUAACCAUGGCAUAAUCAACAGGGGGGCUAAGACAACUUUACUUAACGGUACAGCUCAGAGCAUUGUGUUGUGCUGGUGGCUCCGCCUC